AUGUCACAUCUUUCCACUAAACCAGCUGAUGCAAUUAGAAAUAAGCGGCAUCCUCCAGUCGGUUCUCAGCGGGAUUCUGCCAGAGCUGACGGAGGCUUUUGUUCAAAUUCUACCCUGGCAAAUGGCUACAAUGCUGCCUCCGCCGUUGGCUCAGAUACUUCUGGCGUCCGUCAAAAGCCUCCACUUCCCUCUUCAGCUCCUACCACUAUUGCCAUAUCCUCUUCUGCUAUCUCAGCAGCUAUUGCCGCAUCUACUUGCUCCCCUCCUAUCUCUAAUCCAUCUUGUUCUAUUUUAUCUUCUUUUCCCGGACCUGAAGUCGGACCGGUCAAGGUCUCUGCCGUGUCUCCUAAAAUCAGGUCCACAACCUCACCAAGUUCACUUAAUCUACCUGCUUCCACACGCUCUUCCACUGAUGCCUCUGCAGUCACAGCAGCCACCGGAAAAGCUUCCUAUCAUCUAAAUUAUUCUGGUCAACCGGUUCGAGAUUUUACUUCCUGCUUCCGAUCUGUGAAUGUGGCCGAUCAGAGGACGGCUGACAAUGAUACGGAAAAUGGAGUUCUCGCCUUUUCUAGGUCUGGGUACCGGGGCAAGGAGAACACCAUAACGUCAAGUGAAACCACGCGUGCAUAUCGUGAUCAAGUGGAGCGUAUUUCAAACAUGUACAUAUAG